CAUGGCCGCCCUUUAUACUUACAUAACCUAGCAGAAAUGAAUCCGUGUGAAUUCCUGGAUUCUGUCUCAUGAAAUCAGAGAAAAAGCUUUGAGAAAGUUUGUUUGGAAGAUGAAGAAGCAAUUCUAUCGGGUUAAGCAGCUAGCUGACCAGCGUGUGGGCAGGGCUGAAAAGACCGAAUUGCUUAACGAAGAUCUACAAGAUGGUGAGAGAAAGGUGGAAAAAAUUCGACAAGUGUGUCAAAUAACAAGCAAAAAGCUGAGUGCUUGUAUGCAGAGUACUGGAUCCGAUGUGGAGAAAAGACUGAAAAAGCUUCCACAUCUAGCUUUGGCACAGAGCAUGCAAGAAGCAGCUGCUAUCAUUGGCGAGGAUUCAAUUUUAGGUAAUAUGACAAGGUUAUGUGGAAAUUCACAAGCAGAAAUUGCAAAGGUUAUUGCGGAAUAUGAAAUGGACGUCGAGAGCACUAUAAUUGCACCAUUUCACACAGUCCUUGAGAAUGAUAUACCAUCAAUAAAUCAGAAUAAAAAGAAAUUAGCAAAAAUUGGUCUAGAUAUGGAUACACUAAGAUCAAGGUAUCAUGCAGCUUUAAAAGCAAGGGAAAGCAGCAACGCUAAGGACUUUCCCGCAGCAGAGGCGAAAGCUGAGCAACUCAAGACGCACUACGAAGAUGAAAUGAUGAAAUUUGAAGCGGCUAAGGAUUUGUUUAUCACUGAAAUGCUCACACUGGUUUCAAAAGAAAGAGAAUAUGCGGAACAUAUGAGAAAAUUUGUUAUGGCACAAUUGGAGUUUCAUCAAAGAGCAACCGAGCACUUGGAGAAGAUUAUGCCUUUGCUGGAUAAGGAGAUUGGAAUAGUGCGAGUUGAUUCGAGUACGUUUGGAUGUCCAUUAGAAAAACACUUAGAUAGCACGAAAAGAGAAAUUGCACUAGUUAUUGAAGAAUGUGUGAGAUAUUUAUUUCGAAAUGGGAUGGAUGUUGAGGGUUUGUUUCGAAUAGCGGGACAAGCAACCAAAGUCAGAAAACUAAAGGCUUCGUUUGAUGCUGGUCUAGCAGACUUAUCAGGUGAAGAAUACGACGUUCACGCUGUCACAGGAGCGCUCAAGCAAUAUCUGCGAGAACUUCCAGAACCUCUAAUGACCUUUGAACUUCAUCACGAUUGGAUCGAGGCUGGCUGCAUCAGAGAACGAGAUGACCGUUUACAGAAGCUAUGGACUGUCGUUUCUCAGCUUCCCAAGGCGAACAAAGAUAACUUGAGAUACCUUAUCAAAUUCUUGGCAAAAAUUGAACAAAAUUCUGAAGUUGGCAAAAUGAAUGCUCAUAAUCUUGCAAUCGUCAUCGCGCCCAACGUUAUUUGGUCCAUCGACGAUGAAAGCGGACAUAUGAACGUCAAAAAUACGGGAGUUUUAACUGGUAUUCUUGAGGCGUUAAUCGAACAUGCUGACUGGUUCUUCCCUGAAGAUGUUGAUUUUUCGACGCCCGAGGUCUCAAAUUUGGGUACGUUUGAAAGUUCACCGUUUGAAGAGAAGGAAACAGCUAAGAACAACACAAAGGUUCAAAAACAGCUUAGUACCGAUGAAACAAAACGCCCAACAUUGCUGGACGAAGCAUCGACUCUUGUUGACGUAAACCCUGUGGAUAAUGAUGAGACCGAAAUGUCACCUCGCACCGAAAAAAAAGUGGAUGAAUUUUUCUCAGAGCUAAUGACAUCUGACUACUCAGCUAAACCACCCCUUCAACCGAAACGUUCGCUCUCCCCCCCUGGUCCACGUCCGCUCUCGCCCCAUGGACCAAAUCGUUAGGGACGCGUCAAACAAUGAAUACGUAUUCAAGAAACGCCAAAUACUCAAUACAGCAAACAACGUUAAAUGAAUUUUAGUAAUUCGCUUUUGAACACAGGAUGAAUUCACAAUACACACUUACACAAUGAAGGAACAUUAUAAUUUAGAUAUCAGAGUAAGAUUUCAGAUUAUAGAGUAUAGAUUGUUGAAUAUAUAGUUUUACCUAGAACGAAACAACGCGAUUUAAUAGAAAUAUUCGUAAUAGUUUAAUAAAGAAAAAGAUUGAUAUUGGGAAAAUACAUUUUGAUAAUUUGAGUUCUUUUUAAAAAGAGGUUUUAAGGUGGACUUUACAGUUUUAUUGAAAAUCAUUCGACUUGACUGACUGACAGACAUGCUG